CUUUCUCCGUCGACCAUCGUUCUACUACUCCAUCUCCGCCGCUCUAGUCUCUGUCGCCGACCGUAGAAUCGCGAUUCGCCGCAACCGAAGAUAUUCCUCCGUUGAUAUUCAUCCUCUCUAUAACACAAAGUUCCGGUUCGUAUUCAUUCUAUUCAAUCGCCAUUCGAUUAGGUUAGUUAUGAUUUUCAAAUUGGUUUGGGAGAAGGGGAAAUUAGGUUUCCGGUCAUAGGCGAUUUGUCGUGAUUAAGAUUUGCCUCAUCUCCUUCCUAAACUUCAUCGGACGGUCUGAUUAGGCUUGUUAAUCAAUAUUCCGGCAGUAAUUUGUCCUCCCAUGGGUGGGAAUUGACUGGAUUCGAGUGCUUUCUUCUAGGGUUUGAGUUCAUCUUUCGAAAUUUGCAGCUGAAUCUGGAAUACUGUUUAAUCUGUGUUUUUGCUAUUAUAGUUAGUAUAGCUUUGUGGACUUUGGAGAAGGAGGGUUGAUUUAUCAUGGCAGACUUGGAGAAUCUGCUGCUGGAAGCAGCUGGAAGAACUGGCAAUGGAGGAGGAAGAAACCGAAACUCUCGUCCAUCCUCCAGGAGAAGAGGUGGCGGGGGCGAGGGUUCAUAUCCUGACGGUGGAAGCGACUCCAGGGACGAAGAUUCUGAUGAUGAUGACCAUGGAUACCCGAGCAGCAGGAAAAAACCAUCCGGAUCUCAAGUCCCUCUCAAGAAACGUAUGGAUACAGCUGAAAAGGACGACGACGAUGAUGAACAGAACAGCCAGGAAGAAGAAGAACCAGGUUACGAUGACAACAGGAGGAACUCUGAUCACGAUAGCGACGAGUCGGAUGUAGGGUCGGAUCUCUACAAAGAUGAGGAAGACCGGAGGAAACUCGAGCAGAUGUCGGAACUCGACAGGGAAAUGAUCUUGACAGAACGUGCAGACAAAAAGGGUGACAAGAAUCUAACCGAGAGGAUCCGUUCCAAACGUGAGAAGGGCAGCACGAAAGAUACUCCGCCACCAACUGCUCAAGCAUCAUCUCGUGGGGUGCGGUCCUCAGCUCGAUCAGCUGACAGAUCAGCUGCGCAAAAUGAUGCCUUGAAUGAGCUCAAAGCCAAACGACUUCGGCAGCAGGAUCCCGAGGCUCACCGGAAGAGACUUCGUGAAGCUUCUUCUUCUGGUGGUCCUACGCCAGCUAAGCGAAAGCCAUUCACCUCAACAACUAGUUUGAGCAGCUCGAGCCAGAGUGACAGUGAAAGUGGGUCGCGCAGUGACAAUGAAGAGUCGACCGGGAUGGGGGACAGUGAUGAUGAGAGGGAUGGUGCGCCAUCAUAUGAAGACAUAAGAGAGAUCACUAUUCGAAGAUCGAAGCUUGCUAAGUGGUUGAUGGAGCCAUGGUUCGAUGACCUGAUCGUGGGUUGCUUCGUACGAGUCGGGAUAGGAAAGUCGAGAUCCGGACCCAUAUACCGACUCUGCUUAGUGCGGAAUGUCGAUGCUGCUGACCCUGAUCGUCCAUACAAGCUUGAGAACAAGACCACGUAUAAGUACCUCAACGUCGUAUGGGGUAAUGAGAGCUCGGCUGCACGUUGGCAGAUGGCUAUGAUUUCAGACUCAUUACCAACUGAAGAAGAAUACAAGUUGUGGAAGAAGGAAGUUGAAAAGACGAAUGGGCGAAUGCCGAGCAAGCAAGAUAUCUUGGAGAAGAAGGAAGCAAUCAAGAAGUCAAAUUCAUACGUUUAUUCUGCUGCCACCGUGAAGCAAAUGCUGCAGGAGAAGAAGUCCGCAUCGACAAGACCUUUGAACGUGGCUGCAGAGAAGGAUCGGCUGAGGAGAGAGAUGGAGGUGGCGGCAGGAAGGAAUGAUUUGGCUGAGGUGGAGAGGAUCCAGGCAAGGAUUCGUGAGCUCGAAGCUUCACGGCUCGCUCAGGAAGUGGACAAGAAGGCCGUGAAGCUCGCCGAGAUGAACAGAAAGAACAGGGUGGAGAAUUUCAGAAAUGCUUCGGAGCUCAAACCGAUUAAAUCCGGGUUGAAAGCAGGGGAAGCUGGGUACGACCCAUUCUCAAGAAGGUGGACUCGGUCGAGAAACUACUACACCGGUCAGAACGCUGCUGCCGCAGCAGCAGCAAAUGAGGCCGCCGUUGCAGAAGCUGGCGGGAGUGGAGUAGCUGCAGCAGGCGUGAAGGGUGAGGCGGUGACAGCAGCAGCUUUAGAAGCAGCGGCAGGCGCUGGCAAGUUGGUGGAUACGAGCGCACCGGUCGAUCAAGGCACGGUGUCGAAUGCUCUGCAUGAUUUCGAGCUGCCGAUAUCGUUGGAUGCCCUGCAUAGGUUCGGGGGUGCCAAGGGUGUCGAAAAUGGGUACAUGGCGAGGAAGCAGAGGAUUGAAGCUACGAUUGGUGUUCAAGUCCCCGAGAACGAUGGCCGCCGACAUGCUCUGACGCUGACUGUGAGUGACUACAAGCGGCGAAGAGGGCUUCUGUGAAUCGUUGUUCGUGGUGAGCAAUUUCGUGACUUUGUGAUGGCGUUUUUAUAUAUGCAGAUUACGAAGAUUUAGAAGCUCUGUUAUGGAUUUGUUUGUCGAUCUCAGAUUAAGAAGAGAAUCGUUUUCCCAUGAUUGUUCUUUUACGUAAUCGUAACCACUAACCAAUUCUGUGAGUCGUUUUUCACAUGUUAUGCUGAACUUUUAGAUGUUCAAGAUAACACCUUUUCUUCAUAUGGGGAACUCUACAAUGCUGGAUUAACUCCAAUUAACAAGCUUGUAGUCUUAUCAUUUCUAAGGAAGAACUACGUUUGUACUUACGGGUUGUGGCCAUCCCCUUUUUCAAACCUAGAAGCAAGGUUGUCAACCCUCGGGUUGACCCGCGGGUCGACCCACUUUGACCCUGACCCGGUGAGAAAAACGGGCCAUACCCACCCGUCGGGUCGACCGCUACAAGGUACCGGGUUGGAGGUCAAAUUGUGUCAUUUUUUUCUUUGGUUUGCGAAAUGCGCCUAUUUUCUGAUUUUUCUUUUCGCCUAACUCAAUCUUUGGAAUCCUAAGUUGAACAUUUGAAUAUUUAUGUUAUAUAAGUGUGUGUGAAUUUUUACUAUAUGUUGGAUCUAAGUACGAUAUGUUAUUUUGGUGUAAUAUUAUAUGUUAUAAGUCAUAUGCUAGAUAAGAUUUGAUAUAAUUUAUGAGGAUAAGUACAAUAUAAUGACUUUUUCUAUAUUUCCGGGCCAAAUUGGGCUAAAACAGUUGACCCAUUAACCCUUGACCCACUAGCUCGACCGGGUCCGGGUCAACCCGCGGGUUGACAACCUUGCCUAGAAGUCUUUAUGGGAUAUUUAUUGACUAAGGUUGAAUAUAUCCAACUCAUCGUGUCUAUAUUAUCAGAAAACAUUUUAUGUAUGAUGUAUUGUAAAACUCCUAAGAUCAAUUAUGUACAAAUACAUGUCUAUCCAGUAUAUUUUUUUGGACAAAGAUGACGAUCGUAAAACUUCAAACGAUCAACCGUUGAUCAAACUUCUACAAAUAUAAAUCUCUUCUAUCCAUUUUUCUGGGUGAAAAGUAUAAUAAAAGAUAAAAUACACG